UUUUAGUCACACCGGACAUGAACUUUUCACCAUGUAGUCAAGAUUGAUAUCUUUACAGGACUGUCUGGCAGUAAAUAUACUUGACCUGUGUGUUGGAGUGUUUCAUUACCAUGGUGACCCUCAACCGCUUGAGUGUAGAAGACCCCCAGGAUAAAUUCCCACUGCUGCCCGAGGCUGUCGAGGAAGAGGUCAGGACACCUGCAGCAUACAAACAAGGAGAUACAGCAGAAAGAGACUUUUUCAUCAGCAGAACUGAGAAUGCUGUCAUCUGCUUGCUUCUUCUGGUUGGAUGCUACGCUGCUAUUUUGAUUCCAGCAUAUUUCCCUCUGCAUAAAUUCUCUCUUUCUGAUGAUCAAUAUCUCAACCACGAGGAUGUACUGAACCAUUCAGCUUCUCUGUUGUCUGGUCGGUGUCGCCGUCGCUGGUGCAUGGAGCGUCUGAAACAGCUUCCAUGUUCACCGGCCCUGACGGAUAUCCCCGUUUUCUUGCAACGAGAAGGGAAUGCCACAUUAUGGGAUGAGCCCCCUCCUCUGGGGCUCCAAGGGAGUCAAGAGCAUUUGGCUAGGGCACUUGCCUCUUUGCCCAAGCCCGACCUGCCUCGGUCUCUGCGUAGAGAAGGCCGCUGCACAAGAUGCGUGGUGGUGGGCAGUGGAGGCGUCCUCCAUGGGAGUCGUCUGGGAUCGCAUAUAGAUCAGUACGAUGUCAUCAUCAGGAUGAAUAACGCUCCAGUGCUCGGCUAUGAGACAGACACCGGUUCUCGCACCACCAUCCGGUUGAUGUACCCCGAGGGGGCCCCUAGCUCAGCCAACGAGUACAACGAGACCUCCAUCGUUGCCCUUGUGGUGUUUAAGAGUCUGGACCUGGACUGGCUCACGUCUAUCAUCACGAAACAACCUCUAGGAUUCUGGUCCAAAUUGUGGUUUUGGAAGGAUGUUGUGGAUGAUAUCCCUUUGAAGGCAGAUAACUUUCGAAUCCUCCAUCCAGAGAUUUUUCGCAGGACUGGAGAAGUCCUGCAGAAAUAUUCACACAAACAAAGAAAAUCAAUGGUGCCCACACUGGGGGCUGGUGUAGUGGUGAUGGCCCUGCAGCUCUGUGACCAUGUGAGCCUGGCAGGCUUCGGUUACAACAUGCAGCAUCCACAUGCUCCUCUUCACUAUUACGAGACCAUACACAUGGCCGCCAUGAAGGCUCAGGUGGUUCAUGAUGUCUCCUCUGAAAAGCUCUUUUUGAGGCAGCUGGUGGCAGCUGGUGCUGUCAGCGACCUCACGGGAGCUCUGUGAUGCAGAUGCGCAGACGCUGACACUAAUGUGAACUCGACACGUGCUCGCCUCCUCCCUUUCCUUCCAGCUGUGAGGUUGAUGAUGAUGAUGUCCUACAUUACUGUGACUACGCAGCUGCUUGGAAGCAGCGGGAACUGACCUUUGAAGCACAACAUCCUUAGGGUCUGACGAAGAACUUGGUGAAUGCAACCAUACACUGAAAGGUUAGCCAAUACGUUGGUGACUGACAAGAAGUGCAUUAUCAUAACAAUAAUGGCACAGUGUGCCUACUGAAUUGUGUUUUGGCCAUUACAAAGGACUGUCCAGUAACAACCAUAGUUGUCUAUGAGUGUUUGAAUCGGUACUCCUAUUGACAUACACUCAUACAAACAGUUGCGGAUGGUCUGUUUGCAAGAAUGAAUGUGAACACACACUAGCUUACAUGAGUUUUAAAAGCCAGUCACUCAUGAUGUAGUGGUACAUGUGCCUAACUUUGGUGCAGGCAGCGGGGGAGGGAAUCCCACCAAGUGGCCGUAUGACUGUAAGUGCCAAUGGUUGUCUUUUUGUGUCCCCUACAACUGACUGGCAACCAGUUUAGAGUGUAGCCCGUCUGUUGUCUGAAGUCAGCUGUGAUAUGUUCCAGCACCGCACGACCUUGACAAGGAUAAGUGGUGUUGAAGAUGGAGUUUUAAAGUGAUCCUCUAACUUAAAUACAUGUAGGCUCUAAUAAACCACAAUUGCUCUCCUGUACUAAAAUAUGUUGUUAGAAACACAAAAUGUUAAAUCAAUGGCAAUAUUUUAUAAUAUUUACUACAUAUUUUGACCGUUAGUUGGCGCCAUAGUUUGCCGGCUCGCAGUGAUGACGUCAUUGGGAUCAUUCCAAAUGUGUAGCGUGUUCAACAAUUGCUUAUUGCUGCCUAAACUCGCGAAGUAAAAUGCCACGAUGUGCUGCUUUUGGAUGCAAUUUCCAGUUAAAUGGAAACAAGGGGAGUGAAGUGAGUGGUCGAGGCGGAAUUGUUAUUUUUAGUGAAUAAAUGUGCAUAAGUAGAAGCUUCUCCCCCUUUUUGGUCCCUGUAUGCACGUACCCUACCCACCAUGCGUUACAACUGGCGCCCGAACAUUUUUCCUGGAUCCUCAGUCAAGUAUGGGAUCAGUCUAUUUUCUGGAUCCGACGGUCCCACCGUGUCUGCAAUAUUGGUUUCGGAUCUGUCCAUUUUUUUGAUUCGUCGGUCCCACAGCGGCUUUUCGGAUCAGUCUAUUUUGUGGAAUCGACGGCCUGAUCAAUGCUGCAACAUUGCCAUGGGAUCGGUCUAAUUCCUGGAUCUACGAGUGAGUAAAAAACCCGGAUUUGGAUUACUAUUGCUAUCUUUUUUUGUUGACUAUUCUUCGUGGGAGUUUUCCCCAAAUCAUACUAAAUAAUUAAAGCACUAUGGCACGCUACGAUGACUCUGACGUGGACCUUACAACAAUGUUGGAGUUCGUCAGGGAAUGCGUGUUUGCGUACUGCUGAGCUCCCGAGUGAAGAGUGGUCAAGGUGGAAAUAUUUUUUGUGAAUAAAUGUGCAUAAGUGGAAGCUUCUCCCCUUUUUGGUACUUUUAUACACGUAUCCUACCUACCACGCGUUACAAUGUACAAGACAUGGAUUACACAAGGUGUGCUCUUUGGCCUAUACUGUAUGUAAAGCACACAACAGCUCUGGAUGCUAACAAUCUACAUAAUUAUAUUGGGAUAAGUUUGAAAACAAUAUGCUUACCUUUAAUAUCUGCUAAUAAAACCGGCGUUCCCAACAGCAUUCACUCUCGCGGCCAACCGGAGUUCCCGACAGCCCUCUCUCGCUCUGUUGCCAUUGAGACUCAUUUGCAGCGAGUGCAUCACCAGUUUUGCCCAACUUUUGUCUUAUCAGGUAUUUGCUGCACGCAUUUUUCCCUGAAGCUCGUCUUGUGAACGACCGACAGUGCUGUCCUGCUCUUCACUUUUCAGAUCUGGUUCAAAUAGGAAGGGUAGAACUGACGACAUGUUGGGAAAGCUAAUGAGUGACACGCUAGAAUUUAGGCAAUGGGCCUGGUGACGUCACGCACUGCGACGUAACAAGAAUGGUGACCUAUCACUUGAAAUAAUUUUACAAACUUUAUUAAAACAAAAACAUUAAGAGGGGUUUUAAUAUCAAAUUAUUAUAACUCAUACUAACAUUUGUCUUUUAAGAAUUACUUGUCUUAAAAAUAGAGGAUCCCUUUAAAGCGGCCUCCCUCUAACAAAAUAGAACUAUCACUAAAUGACAGCCAAAGUCCAUGCAUGGAAGGAAAACCUAAAGAAAGUCUUCAUCAACGGUAACACUUGUUUUGAACGCUUCUUAAGACAGUGUCAUAAACAGUGUUGUAAAUAAUGGCGUUAGAGUAUAACAGCAUUUGUAACUAAUAAAUUACUUUUCUCAGUUACUACAAUUUGGUUGAAUGAACUGCGAGUUGUCCGAUUUUGUCACAGUUGCCUGGGAGAGAGCAAAACGGGAGGGGGGAGGAGG